UUUAUAUUCCCAUCUCCUCCACUCUCAAAUUAGAUAACCCUAAUUUCUUUCGCACGACCCAAGGACACGCCGUUUCGCUUCUCCUCACCACCAAGUGAUCUCUUCAGGUGAUUGAACAGAUGUCGCGUGUGUACGUUGGUAAUUUGGAUCCGCGAGUUACAGAGCGCGAGCUCGAGGAUGAGUUUCGUGUCUACGGAGUCAUCAAGAGUGUAUGGGUUGCAAGAAGACCACCUGGUUACGCUUUUCUUGAUUUCGAAGACUCAAGGGACGCCCGCGACGCCAUCCGUGACUUAGAUGGCAAGAAUGGAUGGAGAGUAGAGCAGUCUCAUAACCGUGGCGGCGGUGGAGGAGGCCGUGGUGAUGGUGGUCGUGGCCGUGGUGGUUCUGAUUUGAAGUGCUAUGAGUGUGGCGAGUCUGGUCACUUUGCACGUGAAUGCCGCUCCCGUGGUGGUGGUGGCUCUAGGAGGGGUCGAAGUCCUUCUCCUCGUGGUCGCAGCCGUAGCCGCAGUCCUCCAAGAUACAGAAAGAGCCCAACCUAUGGAGGGCGCAGGAGUUACAGCCCUCGUGCGAGAUCUCCUCUUCCUCCAAGACGUCGUAGUCCUUCUCCUCGUGUUCGCAACUACAGCAGGUCACCACCACCUUACAGAGCACGUGAGGAGGUGCCUUAUACUAAUGGAAAUGGUCUGAAAGAUGUGCGCAGAAGCCGUAGCUGAGUGUUUUAAGGGACCAGGGAACUAACUGUUUUCUUGCGACGUCAAGAGGGCAGCUUAAGGGAAAUUAGUAUCUGUGAAUCUCACUAAGAGAAACAUGUUUUUAGCUGUUGGGGUGGAUUGGAUAUACUUACACUACUUUUGAAUUGCUGGAUCAUGCUUCUUAUUUGAGUUUGGAUAUGAAGCCGUAGUUGUGUCUGCCGUUAGGUAAAGUACCUUUUAAUAUUCCUACCCAAGUUCUUAAAAGACGUAAAAACAUUAAUGAAAUUCUGAGUGUUUUGUUUUAUUGUGUCCGAGGUUUCUUCGGGUUUCUUCUACUGCUUCAUUGCUUAUCUCUGCUUCUCUACUCUGCUCUGAGAGUCUGAGGCUACGUUAAUUGAUUGACCUGCAAUGUUUGUGGACUUGUUUCUUUGGGUUUCUACUGCUUCGUUGCUUAUCUCUGCUUCUCUGCUCUGCGCUGAAGUUUCUUCGUUAAUUGAUCGACCUGCACUGUCAUCUUCGUAGUAGCUUGUGGAUCCCUAACUUUUCUUCGGGUUUCCUCUGCUUCGUUGCUUAACUCUGUUUUUCUGCUCUGCCCUGCGGUAAAUUGAUUGACAUCUUCAUGAUAGUUUACCACGUUGUGGAUCUUCUACUUGCUACUGCUUCUGCUUCCUCGUAUGUUUGAAAACUUCAUCAGCUCUGAUGUUGCCCUUCUUCAAAACCAUUAUGGCCUUUUUUUUUUCUUGAACAUAAAAGAGUCUCUUUGUUUAUACACUGGCAGGUACUUAUCACGCUUUGAAUAAAUUUUCCAUGUUUUCUUUGAAA